CCAUUGCCGAAGUGUACCCCGAUCCUCCUCAAUCGAAGCCACAUGUCUAUUCGACCAGCGAAGGAUACGUGAACUAGCAUCGAUGGCUCUACCGAGCGAGGUUGCGCGUUCAGUUACGUUUUGAUCGUCAACUCGACCGGUAGUAAAAUAAAGUGAGUGACUGACGCUGGUUCCAGUACUGGUUAAGGACCGAUGUAACAAUAUAACGAGAGUUCCUCUACUGCUUUGUACAUAUCCUGGGUACCUUUGGUGGUCGGUGAUGGUUAGUGAGUGAUUGCGUUCGAAUCUGCGGUUGAAAAAAAAAGUAAAAGAAAAAAUAUAUGUAACCAGUGUAUACAAACCGAGUAACUACAUACGUACAGGGAACAAACCGAUUGCUGGUAAUUCGAAACCGAAGAACAAAAGUGCAAUUUUCGUUUCAGUCUCCUUCUUCUCGAAUGUGGAACUGUUCGGUUGUGUACAAACAACCUACAAAGUGUUCACGGCGGCAGGAAAUAUUUGAGCCCUAAUCAGUUAAAUCAUUCAGUGUUUUUUUUGCGUGUUUGUGCUUAAUCAAUAUCUGUUAUUUAGUUUACAUUAGUUCGUUAAAUACAAUUAGUGUUUACGUAUCUCGCUGGCAAAUAGCAAGUUAAUAAUCUGAUUGGAGAUAACGAGGUGCCAAGGAAGCGCUAUUAACUCUAACGGAUAAUGAACGGAAUACCAGUGAAACGUCAUCAGCCUUUGUAAUCAGUGUAACAGAAUUGCGCACGUGAUUAUACAUCCGUAAAUCGUGAAAGAUCCACCAUCGGAACAGUUCCUGAAAAUCCACGAAGAGAGUGAACCUUCACGGUGUUUAGCCGAGACACCAUGACAAUCAAUACCGACGACCACUACGCCGAUAGUGACAGCAAAAACCCCAUCGCAUCAAGACAACCCAUUUACGAAUGCACCUGGCGGUUAAGCUUCGAGUCACGGAAUUACGAUUUUCCAGCUACUUCCUAUCGUUACAGUACCAGCAGCUACCAAGAAGCAGACGAUGGUGUCCAGAGCAAUGACAAAUCCACCCUAAUCCAGGUGUGGAAGCCUAAAAGCUACGGUUCGGUAAAAGGGCAAAUUCCUCAGCAUGAGCGGCUCACGUACACGUGGAAAGAGAUUGACGUAUUUGGGGAGACACCUGGUGAUUCGAAGAAGGAAUCACUCUGCAGUCGGUUGUGUUCAUGCUUUUCACGCCAGAAGAAAGACUUCAAUCCUCGCAAACACCUGUUGAAAAAUGUUACCGGUGUGGCCAAAAGUGGCGAGCUUUUGGCUGUAUUAGGGAGCUCCGGUGCCGGUAAAACUACUCUACUCAAUGCGUUGGCAUUCAGAUCUCCACCAGGGGUGAAAGUAUCUCCAACUUCACUUCGAGCAUUGAACGGAAUUCCGGUAAACGCAGAACAGUUGCGGGCUCGAUGCGCAUACGUGCAACAGGACGAUCUGUUCAUAGCUGCCCUAACCACCAAGGAACAUCUUAUCUUUCAAGCGAUGCUACGAAUGGGUAGGGAUGUUCCAAAAAGUGUAAAAAUGAAUCGAGUAAACGAAGUACUUCAGGAAUUGUCGCUAACUAGAUGCGCGAACACGCUCAUUGGCUCCCCCGGACGCAUGAAAGGGCUUUCUGGGGGAGAACGAAAACGAUUGGCUUUUGCCUCCGAAUCUCUCACCGAUCCCCAUCUGUUACUCUGUGACGAACCCACCUCCGGUCUGGACUCCUUUAUGGCUCACAGCGUUCUACAGGUGCUGAAGGGAAUGGCAAUGAAAGGAAAGACUAUAAUACUAACCAUACAUCAACCUUCUUCGGAGCUGUACUGCCUGUUCGACAAGAUACUACUAAUGGCGGAAGGACGGGUUGCGUUCCUCGGUUCACCCUACCAAGCGGCGGAGUUUUUCUCGCAACUUGGAAUCCCCUGCCCGCCCAACUACAACCCGGCCGAUUUCUACGUCCAGAUGCUGGCCAUCGCUCCGAACAAGGAAAUGGAAUGCCGCGAUACGAUUAAGAAAAUUUGCGACUCCUUCGCAACCAGCCCGGCAGCGCGAGAGGUGAUGGAUGCGGCCAGCGCUGGAAAGAACGUCGAGCAGCAGUUUUUCCUACAACCGGUGAACGGCGCCAGUAAAACCGGAUACCGAUCCAGCUGGUGGACUCAGUUCUACUACGUACUGUGGCGUUCCUGGCUGACGGUGCUCAAAGACCCAAUGCUGGUUAAAGUUCGUUUGCUUCAAACUGCCAUGGUUGCAACGCUAAUCGGUACGAUCUACUUCGGCCAGAAAAUGGACCAGGAUGGUGUCAUGAACAUCAAUGGGUCACUUUUCCUCUUUUUAACGAAUAUGACCUUCCAAAAUGUGUUUGCCGUUAUCAAUGUGUUUUCUGCUGAGCUGCCAGUGUUCUUGCGAGAAAAGCGAUCGCGUUUGUUCCGAGUGGAUACCUACUUUCUAGGGAAAACUAUUGCUGAAGUUCCGUUGUUCAUAAUAAUUCCAUUUGUGUUCACCUCGAUUACGUAUCCGAUGAUCGGACUGAAGUCCGGUGUGGAACACUACUUUAUGGCUCUUUUCAUUGUAACGCUGGUUGCAAAUGUGGCGACAUCUUUCGGAUAUUUAAUCUCCUGUGCCAGCUCUUCAAUUUCCAUGGCGCUCUCAAUAGGCCCUCCGGUUAUCAUACCGUUCCUGAUUUUUGGAGGAUUCUUCCUAAAUUCAGCCUCAGUUCCGGCCUACUUUGAGUACUUGUCCUAUCUAUCGUGGUUUCGUUAUGCCAACGAAGCACUGCUGAUCAACCAGUGGAGUAUGGUGCAGGAAGGAGAGAUCUCUUGCACCCGUAUGAACGUAACUUGUCCUAGCUCGGGUCAAAUCAUUCUCGAAACGUUCAACUUCAGAGUGGAGGAUCUAACCUUCGACAUCGUGUGCCUGUGUGCUCUGAUAAUUGUGUUCCGCCUCGGAGCCCUCUUUUGCCUAUGGUUGCGCUCGAGAAGCAAGGAGUGAAACAAUCACAAUCGACUGCUGGGGAAGUGAAUCUCAUAGUAGUUAAAGGUUGUCAUCAUGUUAUUAGCUUCGCCAUUUAAGUCGCAUCCAGCAAUUUAGUCAAACGUAACUUCAGUGUAAUAAAAAAUCUCUCAUUUCCAUGACCAUAGCAAAAUUUUUCCUCGAAUAUUUUUAUUAUAAUAAAAAAAUUAUUCAAAUAAAUGCUAUUUUUUAAAAGA